CUAUUUCUAUAGGCAUAGAAACGGCCGGUUUCGCUGUAGCGUGGAAUGUAACAAUUUUGUUGUUUACAGUUCGAAAUUAGAAAUUUCCGUGAUUUUGUUGCAAUUUUCCGAUUCAAAUUCGUUUUGUUUUGAAUUCAGAACGUUUUAACAAUCUGUCAAACGUUCUUACGAAGCCAUGAGUUUCAGUAAGACUCCCCAAACGCCAGAAGCAAGGGAACGAGAAGCACAAUCAAAGUUUAUUGAAGAAGCUGUACAAAAAGUUCAAAAGUACUUUGGAUUGAUGUGUAAUGAAAUUGGGGGGAUUUGCAGAAAGAAUGGACGACUAAGGGAUAAAUAUGAUGACUUUGCAAAAACAUGCAUGGAAUAUGCGAACGUUGAACAAGGUCCAUUAAAAACCAAACUUACCAAUUUCUCUGAAAAUAUUUCUGCAAUCCAAGAUUAUCGGCAAGCGCAGAUUGAAAGAAUUGAAGGCAAAGUUUUGACCCCACUUACUACUUAUGGGAGGGAAUGUAAACACACACAGAACGACUUGAACACAUCGUUUAAAGCAAGAAACCGUGAGUUGAAACAGCACCAACAAGUGGAGGCGUUAAGAAAUAAAUCUCCUCAUGACCGGCACACCAUCACUCAAGCAGAAGCAGAGCUACAGCGCCGCACAGUGGACGUUGCACGAACAACACAAACUCUUGCUAAUACCAUCGAUAAAUUUGAAACGAAGAAAAUUCAAGAUUUAAAGAAAAUAUUUUCUGAGUUUGUUAAAGUUGAAAUGCUGUUUCAUGCCAAAGCACUAGAGUUAUACACCAACACAUACAAUGCAUUGCAAACCAUUGAUGAGGAAGAACAUAUAGAGAUGUUUCGCAACAAUUUGAGACCUGCUACUGCAAUGAAUGAGCGGUUAGAUAUUGCGCAAUCUAUUAAUCCUGGUGCGAAUGAUAAGAACCGACCAGUGACAACCAUGGAAAGAACCAGACUGACAUUUCAAGAUUCAAAUCGACACGAAAGAGAGCAAGGGAGGAGUGAGGAGGAGGAGGAGGAGGAAAGUGAAGAGGAGGAGGAAUAUGACUCGGAGGAAAAUGAUGAUGAUGAUUAUGAAGAUGAAGAGGAUGAAGUGGAAGAAUUGAAAACUCCCCAGCCACGCCGUGUUCGUACAAAACCGUGGUAGAACCAGAGUUUUAUGUAUAUUGUAUACACAGUUUUUUUUAUUAAAUGUAGUCACCACAGUCUUUACUAUAAAUAGUUUUCUAGAAUUAAGUUCGAGCCCAAGCAACCUGUUGUACUUAGCACUGUUUCAUAUAAUCAUGGUUUUGUAUUUUAAUUAAUUGCAACCUGUAGUUCAUAUAAUGUAUUAAGUGUUUUUGUAAUGUGCAAAAUAAAAUAUUCUAUAAUGUUC